GGCUCCUUUAGCAUAUCCAUCUACGACACAGCAUGGCUGGCCAUGAUUCGGGACCCCGUUGACCCAAAUGGUUGGCUUUUCCCAGAAUCAUACUCUUAUCUUCUGCUUCAUCAAGCCCAAGAUGGAAUGUGGCCAACCUACGCCUCGCCCAUCGAUGGCAUUCUCAACACCCUGGCAGGCCUUCUGGCUCUCAUCAAGCAUUGCAAGGCAGACGCCAUCGGCAUAGACAGUCCUCGCCCACUUAAAGCCUGGGACAUUCCGGAAAGAGUCGAGGCAGCGCGCAGAGCACUGCAGUCCGCACUGAACAACUGGGAUGUCAACCAGACUCUGCACGUCGGAUUCGAGAUGCUCGUGCCAGGCCUGCUGAGACAGCUCGCAGAAGAGGGCGUCGUCUUUGACUUUGACGGCCAAGCGGCACUCACGGCUCUGUACCAGAAGAAACUUGCAAGACUGCACCCAGACAUGCUCGCAUCAACCCAGCAGACCACACUGCUGCACUCCCUGGAAGCAUUGGCCGGCGUCUUCGACUUUGGCCGCCUCCGGCAUCACUGCAGCGCCUACAGCGGCAUGCUGGGAUCUCCUGCUUCAACAGCAGCAUAUCUCCUACACGCACCAGAGUGGGAUGUUCGAGCGCAGUCCUACCUGGAGAAUGUCGUCCGCAGCUAUGGUUCCUGCGGCGGCGUGCCGAGCGGCUUUCCCACGCCCGUGUUUGAAAUCUCAUGGACCAUGUCAACGCUCCUUGCGAAUGGAUUCAGCGUCGAGGACUUUCCUAAAGAUGACCUCCGUGUCGUCACGGACUAUCUGCAAAAGGCCAUCGAUGAACAAGGCGGCGUUUUGGGCUUCGCACCCACCCUCCUCCCGGACGCCGACGAUACAGCCGUGUCUCUGCUGGCAAUGACAUCUCUCGGGGUGCACGUCGACCGCGCCCCUCUCAUCUGGAGCUUUGAAAGCAGCAAUCGCUUCAAGACGUACCGGCUCGAGAGGACGCCCAGCGUCAGCGCAAACUGCAACGUCCUCGUCGCGCUGCUCACGUCCCCCGACGACGUCGAUUUGUAUGUCCCGCAGAUUGAGAAAGCAGUCAGGUUUCUCUGCGGCAGCUGGAACGCGGAUCAUUUGCAGGACAAGUGGAACUUGGCUGCCGAGUACACGUACAUGCUGCUGGCUUCUGCGCUGUAUCGGCUGUUGAGCGUCUAUGCUGGUGGCUCGUUGAGAUGUCUCGCUGCGGAACUUAUCAAGAUAGACGUCCCCAUCGUCCUCGUUCAGCUCCUUAGUCGUGCUAUUUUCAGACAACAACACAAUGGCUCGUGGGGAGACUCGAUCGAAAGAACGUCGUACGCUACGCUGCUGCUCUCCUACGCCCUCAAACUACCUUGGCCCCUUGCCAUUAGACAGCACGCCGAAGCAGCACUCUUCAAAGCAAAGACAUACUUGGCGGCUCAUUAUGACCAACGGGCAAACGGCGACUAUCUCUGGAUCGAAAAAGUCACGUACAGACUGCCCACACUUGCUGAAGCCUACUAUCUAGCUGCCCUCAACUCUUCACCCAAGGAGCAUCCAUGGACAUUGGAGAUUGAGCAAAUAUUCUUCAAAACAGACAACACCAAGACGAAGAAGAUGGCCCAGUUCUUCAGCCGCCUUCCGCUGCUCAGGGGCCUUUCGGCAGCACCCAUGGCGUUGGCCGUCCACGAGGCAGCAGUGUAUGCAAGCCGUCUCGAAGGAGUCCGCCUCGACAUCUUUCUCCGAGAUGACAUGCCCAUGUCGACAGACAAGUAUCUCGCAUACAUCCCCAUCGCGUGGACAACAAUCAACGCUGCCAACGGCUACGCGCUGUCUGGCGAUGAGAUGUGGGAGAUGAUGGUCAUUUCGAUGCUCAACUACCAAGUGGACGAAUACAUGGAGUCAGUCGUUGCUUAUCUGGAUGACGAAAACUCGCAGGCCUUGGCUACCAUAAUCGGCGCCGAGAUUCGAAGCAGAGAGCCAGGCCUUGCCGUCCACUCAUCGCUCCAUCCAACCUCCUCAUUCGAUGCCACUGUUCCCAGCCCUCCAGCAUCCGACUGUUCGUCAUCAGACAGCUCCCCAUCGCUGACAGACGUUGCCGAAGUGCUCUCCAAAUACAUCAAACACAUAAAGCAGUCCCCGAUCCUCCUGCAAAGCCCAGAAACAGCCCAGCUACGCGUACUGCAAGAACUCGAAAAGUUCCUCCUCGCACACAUGGCUCACAACGCCGACAACAACAACAAUAACAACAACAGCCGACGGCGAAAUCAAGAGCAUCAUCAUCAUCACCGUCCAGGAGGCCAGGCAUCACCGAUCGAUUGGCACAAUCAAAUCCCCUAUUACGACUGGGUCCGCACGACCGGCGCCAACGACACAAGCUGUCCGUAUUCAUUCGCCUUCUUCUGCUGCCUCAUCAGCCCCAGCGGCUCGCACUGCCUCGCCUCGAUGGAGCAGAGGUAUCUCGCACGGGAACUGUGUCUGCAUCUCGCCACGCUCUGCCGUCAGUAUAAUGACUAUGGCUCUGCGGUGCGCGAUGACGCCGAGGGGAACCUCAACAGUCUUCACUUCCCUGAGUUUGCGAUUGGAGGAGAUGGACAGAGCUUGGAAGCAAAGGGGGUUCUGAUGAGGGUUGCUGAGUUGGAGAGGGCCAUGAUGCAGGUUUGCUGGGAAGCGCUCUCGGCGAGCCUUGAUGCGGGUAUAAGAGGUAAGAUGAAGGCAUUCAUUGACGUGACGGAUCUGUUUGGUCAGAUCUAU